GUGAGGAUAACUGCUACGUAUACCAGCACCACUACAGCGAUGUCUCGUCGUUUUGGAGCUCUUUUCUUGCACGGUUCCGCUGCAGCCAUAAUGGCGUAUGGGUUUACCAGUUUACAGCACUUGCCCAUAGACGAGUGGAUCAGCAAGCAAAAAGGCGGACAUCUCCAAUAUCUGACCAUCCAAGGUCUGGCGUUGGCAUGGUUCACGAUGACUCUCAGUUUUAUGAUGGACGUGUUGCCCCCGAGCUCGAUUCUUCGCAGUGUCAAACGAACCUUGUUGAUGGUCUCUCUACCAUUAGCCAUCGUCGUCUCCGCUGUGUACUGGUCUCUGCUUCUGUUAUUCCCCAGUCUCAUCCUCCAACGCAAACUGGAAAGCGAACCCUCCUCCUCAUCUCAAGUGCCAGAGAUCAUCCGUAUACCCUUGAACAUAGAUCUCGCUUUACACGCCGUCCCAGCUCUCACUCUCCUCGUUGACUUCUUGUUUUUGGAACGC